CCGCUCACUACCCCUCCCACCAGCUCUGAUCCCUCUCCGUCCCCUCCUCGCGGUUGAGCCUUCUUGGGGGAGCCCCCACUGGAUACCCCCUUUCCCAUUCUCCCACCCUUCUCACCCCAACCCCGGACUUCCCCUGGACUGCCCUUGGCCCUCGCUGUAAGCCCCGGCUCCUCUCUGAGGGACAGCCCCCGUUCCUAUCUCCCCUGUCCCACUCGCCUUAGCCCCUCCCUCGGACAGCCCCUGGGCUUGUGACCCAGCCGGCACCGCCUCUCCUAGUGUAAACUGGCUGGGAAUGGAUGAGACGAUACCUACUGUUUGCAGCCUGCCAGUGGGAGGGGAAAAGAAGAAAGGAGGCGGGGUUGAGGGGGGCGGGCCCGGACCUGGGGAGUGAAAGCGAAAGCCCGGGCGACUAGCCGGGAGAUCAGAGAUCUAGCAACUGGAGCAGCAUGGCCAAACCUUGUGGGGUGCGCCUGAGCGGGGAGGCCCGCAAACAGGUGGAUGUCUUCAGGCAAAAUCUUUUUCAGGAGGCUGAGGAAUUCCUCUACAGAUUCUUGCCACAGAAAAUCAUAUAUCUGAAUCAGCUCUUGCAAGAGGACUCCCUCAAUGUAGCUGACCUGAACUCCUUACGGUCCCCACUGGACAUCCCAAUCCCAGACCCCCCACCCAAGGAUGAUGAGAUGGAAACAGAUAAGCAGGAGAAGAAAGAAGUCCCUAAGUGCGGCUUUCUCCCUGGGAACGAGAAGGUCCUGGCCCUGCUUGCCCUGGUUAAGCCAGAAGUCUGGACUCUGAAAGAGAAAUGUAUUCUGGUGAUCACAUGGAUCCAGCACCUGAUCCCUAAGAUUGAGGAUGGAAAUGAUUUUGGGGUGGCAAUCCAGGAGAAGGUGUUGGAGAGAGUGAAUGCGGUGAAGACAAAAGUGGAAGCCUUCCAGACAACGAUUUCCAAGUACUUCUUGGAACGUGGGGAUGCUGUGGCCAAGGCCUCCAAGGAGACCCAUGUAAUGGAUUACCGGGCCCUGGUGCAUGAGCGAGAUGAGGCAGCCUAUGGGGAGCUCCGGGCCAUGGUGCUGGAUCUGAGGGCCUUCUAUGCUGAGCUUUAUCAUAUCAUCAUCAGCAACCUAGAGAAAAUUGUCAACCCAAAGGGUGAAGAGAAGCCAUCUAUGUACUGAACCCAGGGCUAGAAGGAAAAUAAAUGACCUAUAUUUUGUGUGGAUCA